AUGUCUUCCUCUUCGGAAAGAGAUCCUCUUCUUCUUCCUCAACCAGGUGUCCCGAGAGAUGAACAACCUCCUCCUCCUCCUGCAAUAAACAAUGUCGUGUCGAGAGCAAAACUUGUCUGGAUCCUGGUCGCGCUGUGGACCACAGUUUUUCUUGGUGCAAUGGAUGGAACAAUUGUCGCAACUCUUCAACAACCUAUUGGUGACUACUUCGAGCAAUCUCAUAAAGCGAGCUACGUAGGGACGAGCUAUCUACUCUCUAUAUGCUGCUUUACGCCUCUAUACGGACGUCUAUCGGAUAUUCUAGGCCGCAAGGGAGCAAUGCUCCUUGCACUGGCAUUCUUCACAACUGGAACUUUCUUUUGUGCUAUAGCCCCUUCUAUGGAGGCCCUCAUUGCGGCGCGAGCGAUAGCCGGUAUGGGGGGUGGAGGUGUCAUGACAGUGUCCAACAUCACCGUCACGGAUCUGAUCCCAUUGCGAAGUCGUGGACUAUUCCAAGGGUUUACCAAUAUGUCUGGUCCCGUACUCCCAAGAGUGGUUCAUGCUGACGACAUCGAUAGUCUUUUCGGUGCUGGUGCUGGGCUUGGUGGGCCGCUCGGUGGCUGGAUCUCUGAUAAUUUUGGCUGGAGGAUUGCAUUUGGUUUUCAAGUCCCACUCCUCGUCCUCGCGGCGAUUCUCGUCUCAUUCCAUGUCAACAUCGUCCUUCCCAGAGCACCUUUGACCAUCAAUCAAAUGCUAGCCAAGAUUGACUGGCUCGGCUCGCUGACACUCGUCGUCGCCGUGUCCUCCAUCUUGAUCGGGUUUAGCUUGAAGGCGACAGAAGAUCUCGAAUGGUCUGAUAUGCUCGUAUGGGGACCAUUGGCCCUCGGCGUUUUGGGCUUCGCAUCUUUUGGGUUCGUCGAAGCGAAGGUCUCGCCCGAGCCCGUGCUACCAAUGCAACUUUUACUCAGCCGAACGCCUCUGGCUGUUGCGUUAACGAACUUCUUUGGCUCCAUUGUUAGCUUCUCCAUGCUGUACAAUGUCCCACUGUACUUCAUGGCAGUUCGGCUACAAACUGCGAGUCAAGCAGGACUUCAUCUGCUGCCCAACUCUUUCGCACUGUCCAUUGGAUCUGUCGGUGCGGGAUGGAUCAUGCGUCACACUGGCAAGUACUGGAGGUUAGUCGUCGCAAGCACGGCGCUCUCCCUGUUCGCCUCCAUUCGUGUUGCAUCGUGGGACCAAGAUAAGGCGUCGGAAUUUGAGUUAUGGUUUGAUAUUGCGCCAAACGGGCUGGGUUUUGCGUCGAUGUUGACUUCCACACUAAUCGCAAUUAUCGCAUGUGUCUCACGAGAUGACAUGGCGAUUGCCACCGGAAUCACGUAUCUUUUCCGCACCACAGGCCAGGUGCUCGGCGUCAGCUUAUCGGGAACAUUGUUCCAGGCCAUCUUGAUGAAGCAGCUACGAGAAAGGAUGCCAGGACCCGAUGCCAGCAACUAUCUCAUCAUGCGCAAUGCGGGCCUCGUUCGUUCCCUCAAAGCCUCCCAGCGACAAGCGGCUGUCGACUCCUUUGCAAUCGCGUUGAGGACGGUUUUUAUCUGCCAAGCUGCUCUAGCAUUCAUUGGGAUGAUAUGUGCCCUACCAAUUGAGGAAAGACCGCUUCCAGGCUCGCAUGAAGAGCAUGAAGAGUCUCAUCAAAGGCGACAACAGCGGUCUGCUUAA